UUCCAUGUGUAUAUAAUGUAUUAUAAAACAUCAAGAUAAUUUACAGUACUCUUCAGUCGAAUUUUGUCGGUUGAUUGUAAACAGUCUAAAAGCAAACGAUUUUCAGUUCAGCUGUUUUGAUCGGUGUUCAUUCAAUGCAUUUUACCUAAUUUAAUUUUAGAACUAUUUUAUUGUGUGAAAGAAUUGCAUUUACAGAGUUUUGGACAAUUUUGAAUUUGUUGUUUAAAUUUCAUUUGUGAUAUGCACCUGACGCCAAUUAAAAGGAAUCCAAAGGAUGAGGCUGGUCACAGUUUGAAUAAAUUGAAAUUUGAAAUAAUUGCAUUGACUAUAAUUUAGAUUCAUAAAAAGAAUUUAACGAAAAUCGAGACGAAGAAGGAACGAAUUGUAUAAAAAAUUUUAAUAAUUGUUUUUAAACAGUUGAAUUUUCUUGCUUUUUUUAAAUGAUCGUAUCGAUUUAAAACCUUAAAAAACUACUUGUGAUCGCUAUUAUCCCUGUGAAUAAAUAAAAUUAGUUCGUAAGAAACCUGUGUGUUGGACAAAAAGGAAGAAGAAGAACAUCCAUUAUCUCUGGCAAAUAAAAUAUUUUUUUUACAAAAUGUCUUCACUGGAAGUUACACCAAAUUUGUCAACAUCAAAACGUGCAAGCAUUUUAGCUCGGAGCAGUUCGUUUCAGAAAUUGAAGUGCUCUGCAACAUAUCAAUUUCAUUUAGCAGGCUCAAAGCUUUCCAAAGAAUCGCUGACUCAAUUGUUCGAAAAAGUUAUAACACAUUCCCGAACAUUGAUGCAUGUAGCUUUCGUUGUGUUAGCUCUGCCUACUUUCAAAGUGUUUACAAUGGUCAUGCUGUGGUCACUGGAUUUGCUGGCGAAAGUAUUCGGUUUGAAUCUUGUAAUUGAGAAACAAAGCUCAGCAAAGCUCCAAACAAAUGAAAGUGGAUUUUUGGUCAGAAUUCGCUGCACCUUCGCCAACAUCAAGUCAACGCACGAUGUGCCCAAGCACACAUUCGAUGACACCAUUGAGAAUCGAUUAAAACCGGAACUGCCUGAGAUCAGCAAUCUACUCGAAACCAUUACGAAAUUCCGAUUGAGUAAAGAGCAAAAACAGUAUGGCUACUUGAGCAUUUGUGUGUACGCUGGUGUAGCCUUUGCAUACCUGCAGCUAGCCGUUUUAAUUGUAGCACUGAAUGUAUCCUCAACACCGCCCGGAUUGAUUUUCCUGUCACUCAGUUUGAUCUUCAUCGGUUAUAUAGUGUUUAAGAUUUUGCUGAAAUCGGUGCAUAACCGAAGUGAACCAACAUCACCCCCAAAGCCCACAUCGCCGGAACGAUUCCGAAUCAGCCGAUCCAGCAAUCGUCGUUAUUUGGAGUUUCACGAAAAGACGUUGAGCAAAGUAAAAUUACUCUAAAUUAACAUAGAAUAGGGAACUUAUACUACGUGUACGAAUAACAGUGUUAGUUAGUGAUGAAAAACAAGUAUUCAAACUAUCUAAGGGUGCCUUCCUACGAUUAUUAUGUUUUAGCACUUUGUUUGAUAUACACACACAACGCACACAGUUUACAUAAUACCUCCUAUCUCUUAAAUUUUUACCUUAAUUUUGCAGUUUUUGCUUAAUAAUUAUUUUCAUUUAGUAUUUUUUAAUUUAAAUUUAAUUUUAAACUUAAUUAUAAUACAAGAAAAUGUUUGAAAAUAGAUGAAACGAUGAUAUAUCGGCUUCACCACACUCACUUCAAAAUAUAUUGUUUUUUCAUCGUCUCGAUGAAAAAAUUAAUAAAAAGAAGAAAAAAGUUUUCAAUUAGAAUGGUUUCAUGAUCCACAAAAUAUGUUUUUCCAUCAUAAUUGAAACAAUCACAUUGAAACACCCCCGAUUAAAUAUUGUGUGGUCACUGUGAAUGUAAUCCAAAGGUCACCCAUAAUAUGAGUCCCAUAAUACAUGCCAAUCAAAUUGUAUUUUGAAAAAGGAAAGUUUCGCUGUACGAAACACCUCUACAAGCUACAGUGGAAAAUGUAUUAAGUAAUUUCUUGACCACUUCGUGAAGCCGAUAACAUCUCUCACAUUUUAUUUCUUUCAUGAAACCACAACAUAAUAUCAUUCGAUUAUUUAUGCAUAAAGAAAAAAAAAGGAAAGCCCGAAAGACGGAAUAUAUAUUACAAAAAUAAAAUCAAAACGCAUUAAUGUUACGAUAAAUAACAGCAAUAUUUUCCCAUUACAAUAAAAGCUCAUUAAAGUUAUAUUAAAUCCGACCCCUCUCAACAAGAAA